AGGCCAUCCAUCUCCCAUCGCCAUCGCAUCCGCAACCCGGUUGCUUACACUCUCCGCUCCCUUCUUCCAAACCCCCUUUGCUCACCCUUUCCGCCACUUGUCGUCUCACUCCCUAAGCGUCCCAGCGUUGACUCUACAACUUCCAUCACUGCCGCCCAAUUUCACGCUCGCUUUGGUUCCCGCUCCCCCCGUUCCCGGCUAAAACAAAAUCCUGAACAAGAUGCGGCUCGCACUACUCGUGGGCUCCGCCGCCGCCUUUGUCGCCAUGGCGCGGGGGCAGGAUAACAACGACGCGGGCAACAAGGCCUUUGUCACGCCCGUCGCCUUCCCCGCGCCUCAGACGUCCGUCACCUCGACGGCUUUCAACCCCAAUAUCCAGAACCCGGGCGGGACCACCAACGCCGCAGGCACCUUUGACGUCGUCUCGCUCGCCCGCAGCUCCUCGCACGCCUUUGACUCGGCCCUCGCCCAGACGACGUCGUUUGUCAUCACUCCUGCCUCGUACGCUGCUGCCGCGGGCGCGUCGACGCCGGCCUACUACUCGGACAGCAUCGACACGGCCGUGCCCAAGCUGGCAAACCAGCAAGACUCGGCGACAAAGUCGUCCGUCAGUCUCAACACGGCCGCCUCCGUCAUGGCCCAGUCGACGGCCGCAGGCGACGGCGCCGCGUGGAGCUACGGGCCCGUGCCCCAGGGACUCGGCCUGGCCCUUGGCCUCGUCGCCGCUGCUGCACUUGGUGGCGCCGCCGUCCUCUAGCGCUCGCCUCUCCCUCUCCUUUUCCUCCCUUCGCCUUCCUUUCAGUAUUGUUUCCCCCUUUUCUUGCCUCUCUCUCUCUCUCUCACGUACAGGUCUCGUCUAGUUAGUCUUGAGCAUCCCAAGCUGUCGCCGUAGUCAACUCCUACCCACGCUCACUUAUACCUCU